AUGGACGGCAACAGUAGUUCUGGCCUCCUGUCCGCAUUGCCCUCAACCGCCGCCUCCUCAACCGCAUUGCCCUCAACCGCUCAACAGCCCAGUGCAAACAAAAGACUCCAACGGAAAUUGAUCCGACCUUGCCACGACAUCGUCCUGUUGAAAGAAGUCAUAAAUAUUUAUCCUUAUGGCGUUCCUCGCAACGUGCGAGCGGGAGCCUGGCAGCAAGGAGCGAAGAACGCAAACGAGGGUUGCCGUGAAGUGAUCUUUGAUGAGCGCCGUGCGCGAGAUCGCACCAAACACCUGGUGGAAACUAUGCGACGUGCCGAGCAGGAAUCUCUGCGCACCUCCGGCAAAGAGGAAGAGUACGAUGAGCGGGAGCAGCUUCUUACAGAUCUCAUUGAGAUGAUUGAUGAGGGGGAGGUUCUGAAGACGACUGACAAAGACAAACGUGAUAGGGAGGAAGCGCAGGGCAAGCUGUUGCGGGCUCAAGCGCUUGAAGCCCUUGGCUCAUGCUCACAGUUGGCGUCAGGGUACAGUAGCCACGAGGAAAAUGAGAUGCCUCAAAGCGCCAAAAAACGAAGGCGAGGGUUAGAUUUGGACAUGCAGGAGUGGUUGAAGGAGGAUGCCAUUGCACAUAGUCGUCAACUCGAUCUGGAAGAGCGACGCAUUGCAGCGGAAGAGAAACGCAAUGAACAGAUGGACACACUUAUCCAGUUUUUGUUUCGUUGGGAUGGAGGUAUUUAG